AAAUCCCACCCCGAGAGCCAUGCAAAUGACGAGAAGACCAAGGACCAGAGGGAGAAGUUUGCCGGAAAGAUUCAGAAGCAGGACUUUCCGCUUUUCUAUCUGCUGAUGGAUUAUAUACAUCAUGAAGGGAAAAUCGGUGACUUCGCUCGGACUGGUCUGUUAUACAUCAUCGAAGCCGCUUCUUCCUCUGUUGCUCUGGAACAGUGGAUUGUAGAGAGUGACUUGUCGACCCUGAUGGCUACCGGACUUGGCGCGUUAUAUAGUCAACUAAGUCGGAAGCUUGUUAUCGACCAUCCCCCGGAGAACCUCCCUCCAGUUCUUGCUUUGUCCGAUUAUCAACAUCCUACAUCAACCUUUGAGAUUGUUAGUUCUUGUAGCCCAGAUUUUCAGCUGCAUUUAGAGACGUUCCUUUCCCAUCUGCUAUUCUGGCAGGAUGUCCUUAACCACUGUCGAUCGGUGGAAGUGAAAUCAACUCUUCUCGAGCAUUUCCAGGUCAUUUUCUUGCAACAACUACUGUACCCAUCCCUCUUGGAGUCUUCAGAUGUAGAUGGAGGCUCAUCAGUGGCCGUCUUAACUUAUCUUCGACGCAUACUAGAAGCCUUGGAUCAUCCCGAUAUGAUCAACCUCAUCCUUCACUACUUGCUAGCUCUCCCAGAUGCGAAGUCGGCCGCGCCGCCCGAUGCCGAGCCGUCGGUUAGCGCUGCGCGAAAGCGAAAGUCCAUGGACCUCGCCACUAUGAUGGCUACUAAAGUUGAACCUAGCUAUACACCCUUACUAUUCAAUCUAGUUGAUUUAAUUCAAUCAUGCCUGAAGUCUCGGAAUCAGCAGACCGUAUGCGUUACGCUUCAGCUCUUGGCGGCGAUCCUUAAGCGGCAUCACCGGUACGCGACUACGACUCUUCUCCACACAGAAGGUAUCGAUACCAAUAGUUCUCGUAGAACUGUGGGUGCUCAUGAACAAGAAGUCGAGUUUCUCACUACCCUAGCCGGGUCUGUUGGGGGCCAAGACAAUUUCAAUGAGAUAUACGAGAACAUCCUGAAAGACAGCAUGUCGCGUGUAGAAGGUCACCCAUGUUCUCUCAAACUGGUUACUCCAAACCUCCCCACAAACAACCCCAAUCUACCAAUAAUUCCCGACUCCUUGCCUGGAGCACCUGGAGAUGUCCUGCCACACACACUGAGCGCGGAAGAUCCUUUGUGGAAUAGCAUCUUAGAUAUUCUGGACUCAUUUUUCAUUAAUCCCGUCGAGAUGAACCUAUCCGCUACGGAGACUAUACUUGAUUUAGCGGUAUGCGGGUAUAUAUCUGUCGAGGGAUGGCUUAUGCGACACCCAAGAAGAUAUUCAUACGAUGGUGAUACUGAUGAAUCUACAUCUUUCCCCUUAGACCCCGAAUACCCUUUAUUUGACGAUACUGAGAAGUUAAAAGAAAUUGAAAAGUGCCGUCGUUGGCCGGUAUGGCAGUCAUCGGCCUUGCCGCGCAUUCUCACUGUUCUAGAGGCGCUUGCUGAUCAAGUUGAUUACUUCCGAGGUUCGGUGCCGCGAUUCGAGGAACUCUUGCAGCAACGCCGUGAAGCCUUCCAAACGGCUGAUACCGUUAUACCAAAUCAAAAUUUCCGGCCAACCUCCACCACGGGAGCCUCUAUACCAGAUCAAACAAGUCAAGAUGGAUCUCGCGCGGCAUCCCCACAGCGUCCCAGUGCACUUGAAGGAUUUGCGCAGAGAAUAUUGUCCGAAUUUGGAAGUCCAAGCCGGUCAGGUAGCCCACGUGGGCGGAAGGAAACAAUUCGAAGUUCAAGUACGGGAUCAGGUACAUCAGGGGGGCAAGGUGUUACAUCGCCAACCCCAAAAUCAAUACAACCUCCACCGAAAGAAUUUCCUCUAAACUACGAUAAUCCGUCCAAGAGCGGACUGGCACGAUCGCUCUCUCCUGGGAGCCAGCAUUCUGCACAGAAGAUCGAACCGAUUCCAUUAGACUUUGAACGAAAGAGUGCCAAUGCUACGGCAGAUGUCGAGGAGGAACAAGAAGAUGAAAAUGAAGGGAAAGCAGAUACCACAGAAGACCAAGAUAGUAAAGACGAGGGCGAUGUUGUGGACCAAUCUAUUGCCCCAACACCACCCGAGACACCACCCGAAGUAAAGACAGUUUCGGUCUCACACAUUCUCACCAAUGUUAUUAUCUACCAACAGUUCUUGUUGGAAUUGGCGAGCCUGGUUCAGGUCCGGGCAGGUCUGUUCAACGAGGUUAGAUUUGCUUAAGUGCAACUAUCCAAUCGAUGAUGCGCACGACUAUCGCGGAUGAUGGCGACUUUCUUGGCCUCCUUUCUCAGCACAGGGGAAUACCACAUUUUAUCGGCGCCGGAAGCCACGUUUUGGCAGGGAUUAGACGGUUUGGGGAAUUAAAGCACAUUCGAACAAAGCUCGCGAUUGUGAUAGGUUAUAAAGAAUCUGUUACAGAUCCAGCCCUUCUCCCCAUAUCACC